CUGCAUCUUUACGGGCCAGAAAACCUCAAUUCAUCAUGGCUCCAACAGCUCAAGUUGCUAAGAAAGGCUCCAAGAAGGCAGUCAAGGCCCCUCGGCCCAGCGGUGGCAAGAAGAGGAACAGGAAAAGGAAGGAGAGUUAUGGAAUCUACAUCUACAAAGUCCUCAAGCAGGUUCAUCCAGAUACCGGCAUCUCCAGUCGGGCCAUGGUCAUCAUGAACAGCUUCGUCAACGACAUCUUCGAGCGAAUUGCCGGCGAAUCUUCCCGCCUCGCUCAGUACAACAAAAAGUCAACCAUCAGCAGUCGCGAGAUUCAGACCGCCGUCCGCCUCAUUCUCCCCGGAGAGCUGGCAAAGCACGCUGAGAGCGAGGGUACCAAGGCAGUGACGAAAAACACUACCUCCAAGUAGACAGGUCAUAUACUGCUCUACUUGGACAUACAACGGCCCUUUUCAAGAAAGAAUGAUAUCCGUAGUAAUGUAGCGUAGUUGUUUAUUAAAUAAAUAAUGUGUAUAUUAUGAAUAUAAGAUAUAAUCAAGAUUACACAAUAGUAUAUAAUAAUAUUAGCCCUAUAUAAAUCUAGACUAGAGCAUGAAGUGUAUUCAUGAUGAUCGGAAGGAAGACGAAAAUAGUUGAUUAAAUAAAAAAAAAGAAAUACAAUUCAAGAUGGCAACAUGUCCUAAAUGAUAUACGUCCAUGCAUCCUUCCUUGAAAGGUUGACGAGAUGCAGGUUAAGUGUCUUUUCUCAUGAUUCAUCCCCACCCAGCUUCCUGCCUGCCUGCCUCCCUCUCAUCCGCCCUCUGAAGAUCAUUUGUUAGAAUGCAUAUUUUCGUAAUUAUUUGGCACCACUGAGUGCGUGAGCCGAAUUCCCGGCUUGCCAUGUAACCCAUGUUGCAAACGGUGGUAGCGCCACCUUUCGACACAU